CCGAGGCGAAGAACAAGGGAGCCAUCCACGACAUCCAGUUCCUCAUCGGAGACUUCAUCCUCACAGUCUUCGUCAUCAUCCACAAGCAGCGAUGACCAUAGAAGAAAAAGGAGAAGAAAAGCUAAACGUAAACAGUCGAAAACCAAUUCGUAUGGACAAUGACGCAAUCGCUGACGAUGACAACACGGAGCACCCGGUCGACGUUACCUCCUUGAGACACAUGGUCGAUGCCAAUAUCAAGAAGGAUGCAGAGAGACAAAAGGCAUCAUUUGACUCUAGGCGGAAAGAGGCACCUCAAUAUAAGAUUGACGACUUGGUGGUCAUUAAAAUCCCAAGUCACUCAAAUGACGGCAACAGCACGAAGUUACUGCCUCUGUACAAAGGGCCUUUCCAAGUGACAGCAGUCUUGGGUAACGACCGAUAUAAGGUGACAGAUCUAAGAGGCGCCGAGAGGACUUCCAAACGCUACGACGGCAUCGCUUGCGUGGAAAAUAUGAAGCCAUGGAUACGCCUAGCAGACUAAAUCGGCAAUGGCGGAUGUAGUCGGUAAAGAAAAAUAAAUCAAGCCCCAUCAUCAGCCCAUAACGGGAGUCGAGACGAUCCCGUGGGCAGGACAGCCGGAUGUAGU